CCGCGCAAGCGCGCAGAGCGCCCCGGCUCCGGAGCAUAAACAAGAGCGGGGAGGGAUGAGGCGGCGAUUGAUCCCGGGGCAGCGAACAGCGGCGACUCCGGCGGCGAGCGGGGCCCGGCGCCGACCCUGAGUGCACGCGACCCCCGCCCCGCGCGCGAGCCUCCGGCCGGGACCACCCGCCCGCCGCGCGCCCGCCAUGAACCUGGCCAGUCAGAGCGGCGAGGCUGGCGCUGACCAGCUGCUCUUCGCCAACUUCAACCAGGACGUCACACCAGAGAAGAAACCAACAGCAGAUGAUCCCCAUCUUCUUGACCUUCCGUGGUCCCUAGCUGUUGGUAGUAAGUCCGGUUAUAAAUUUUUCUCCCUUUCUUCUGUGGAUAAGCUGGAACAGAUCUAUGAAUGCACUGACACCGAAGACGUGUGCAUCGUGGAAAGAUUGUUCUCGAGCAGCUUGGUGGCCAUCGUCAGCCUCAAAGCUCCUCGGAAGCUGAAAGUUUGCCACUUUAAGAAAGGAACUGAGAUCUGCAACUACAGCUACUCCAACACCAUCCUGGCCGUGAAGCUCAACAGGCAGCGGCUCAUCGUGUGCCUGGAGGAGAGUCUGUACAUCCACAACAUUCGGGACAUGAAGGUGCUGCACACCAUCCGGGAGACGCCCCCGAACCCGGCGGGCCUGUGCGCGCUGUCCAUCAACAAUGACAACUGCUACCUGGCCUACCCCGGCAGCGCCACCAUCGGAGAGGUGCAGGUCUUCGACACCAUCAACCUGAGAGCCGCCAACAUGAUUCCCGCUCACGACAGUCCUCUGGCCGCGCUGGCUUUCGACGCCAGUGGAACCAAGCUCGCCACUGCUUCCGAGAAGGGGACCGUGAUUCGGGUGUUUUCCAUUCCAGAGGGACAGAAGCUCUUUGAGUUCCGGAGAGGAGUUAAGAGGUGUGUGAGCAUCUGCUCGCUGGCCUUCAGCAUGGACGGCAUGUUCCUCUCCGCCUCCAGCAACACGGAGACGGUGCACAUCUUCAAACUCGAGACCGUGAAGGAAAAGCCGCAGGAGGAGCCCUCCACCUGGACCGGCUACUUCGGGAAGAUGCUCCUGAACUCCACCAGCUACCUGCCCUCCCAGGUCACCGAGAUGUUCAACCAGGGCCGGGCCUUCGCCACGGUCCGCCUGCCCUUCUGCGGCCACAAGAACAUCUGCUCCCUGACCACAAUCCAGAAGAUCCCCCGCCUGCUGGUGGGCGCGUCCGACGGGUACUUGUACAUGUACAACCUGGACCCCCAGGAGGGCGGCGAGUGCACCCUCAUGAAGCAGCACAAGUUGGAUGGCAGCAUGGAGACAACCAAUGAGAUCUUAGACUCUGCCUCUCACGACUGCCCCUUGGUGACUCAGACCUACAGCACAGCCGCAGCCAAAGGCCCGCACGCGCCUGCAUCUCCCACGAGACUGGCCUACACGGACGAGCUGGGGGCCGUGGGCGGCGCGUGCCUGGAGGAGGAAGCCAGCGCCCUGCGGCUGGAGGAGGACAGUGAGCACCCUCCCAUGAUUCUCCGGACGGACUGAACUUGAGCUGUGAACUCUGACCCCACAGCAGAGAACACUGGCUGACAGAGGACUUUGUGUUAUGCUGCUAUGAACUUUGACCUGAGUUGGGGGAGAGGAUGGCAGAGACUUAAAAGGAGAAAAAGGUUGUAGUUGUAGUCUCUUUCCCUACCGAGAAAUACAUGGUUUUCACUUCAGUGGCUUCUAAUCUGCUAUGAAUUUUAGCUUUUUGUUUGUUUUCUCUUUUUGCCAAAAUUAACUGGUGAAGCCCUUGAACCUCCUUGCUUUGUUUGCAUGCAUUCACGUGCCAAGCCAGCGCAGGCAGCCGGAGCCGCUGGCUUCCAGCGGCGUGUGGUUCUCCGCUGUGCGCACGGGGCGCGCAGUGCAGAGCAGGCCUGCUAGUCCGGCUGGUUCUGCUCGACCAGGUCCCAGGCCCCGGGCGGGGUGGCAGGGGUCCUCCCAGAGCCCCUCCUGGACCAUGUUCUCCUCUUUAUUUUGUUAAUUAAAUUUUUUCCAAAUUGGA